AUGUUUCUACUCAAGGUACUGGAAUACUGCAUCGGCCGGCUUCUCUACCGACUUCGCGGGUACGACGAGCUCUGCUUCUUCAGAAGCCGCGCCUUCGCACAGCACGCAAAACCAAACAUCACCAUCACAUCACCCGACUGCGGCAACUCUGGCGCAAAGCUAAGCAAUGACUUUUCAAAGUUUGGCAUUGGCCGCUUCCCAUCUCUGCAAUGGGAACGCGCCGGCCCCGACGUAAAGCAGUACCUCAUUCUAACCGAAGACCCGGAUGCGCCAUUGCGGAAGCCGAAUGUGCACGGCAUCUAUCUCUUCAUCCCGCCAACUGUCACAUCUAUCACUAACGAUGACCUCAAACUCGUUGACGAUGUCGAUGGUGUGAAAACGGUUCAGGCUGGAUAUCGCGUUGGCAAGAAUCGGCGUAAUGCUGUGUAUGUUCUUCCACGGCCGCCGCUGGGUCAUGGGCCACACCGAUAUUUCUUCGAGGUUGUAGCACUAAGUGAAUGCUUGGAUCCGGGGAUGAUCAGCAAGGUGCCGACAAAGGAUGAGCUGGAAGAGGCGAUCGUCGGAAAGGUUGUAGGGUGGGGGUUGUGGGAGGCGACGUAUGAGCAGAAGUGGUAG